UAUCAGCUGUUCUGGUUUUCUUCUAUCUCUCCUGAAAGUUUUCAACUAUUGGAGCUUAUCUAAUUUAAAAAUGCCGACAAAUUUCGCUCCUCCAGUAAAUGUUUCUCCCUUGAUCCGGUUUGGCCGGUAUUCCAUGCUGAUAGCUGGAAUAAGCUAUGGACUUUUCUGGCAAAGUAGGUACACGAAGAAAGAAUUGGGAUUGAAGGAUUUCAAGGCUCGUGAAAAGGCAGCCAGAGAUGAAAGACUUGCCAAAGAAAAAGCUAUACAGAGUGCAGAAAAAGUAUUCGAGGAAAGUGAAAGAUACGGAAAAUUUACUAAAACCAUUGUAGUAGAAAGGAGGAGAGAAGUAAUGGCAAGCCAGAGAAGGAGUAUGAUUAAUGAUAUAAUGAAGAGAAUACGGCCUAAAUAAGAAAGCCGAAAAAUGCGAA